UUUAGAAAAACAUACACAAGACACAGUGGCUUCGAUGGCAAAGCAUUGAUUCACCAAAUAAAUAAUAUAAUGUAAUUAGAGGAUUUGUCGUCGUUGGAAUUUCUCUCUGGCGUGUAUCAUUCUAACACAAAAAUACAUAUACACACACGCUUUCCUGACAUUUUAGUUUCUUUUCGCUUCUUUUUAAUUUAAUAUUAUUGUUUGUGUUUUCGUGUUAAAUAUUUAAAUUGUGUUUUGGUUCUAUUUGAAUCCCACACUCGUGUCGUACAAAACUUUUUUUUUAUAGAGAACACUACUCCGAAAGAGUAACAAAAAGAGAUUCUGCAUGUGUACAAAUGUGAUCAUCAUGUGUUAUUGUAUCUAUAUAUGACCAAGUGAGAAAGAAAGAAAAGCAUCCCGUUAAUUGGAGUCAACGAAACGACGACGACAAAUAACAAAACCAACAACAACAACAUAAUAGAGAAUAAAACAAGGAAAUUGCGUUCAGAUAAGAUUUAUAGUUGAUGCCACGAAUCGUUUGAGUACAAAAGCAAAUCGGUGUACAUUGUUUAUUAAAUGAACACAUUACGCGCACUAGACACCAUUUCAAAGUAUUUGGAGUGUGAUUGUAGUUACAACGGCGACGUAAACAGUAUUCACUGAAAACGACGUCCGAAAUUCAACAUGUAUUAUCCAAUUGGAUGGCCUAUACAAGUCGAUCUAAUUGGAUUGCAUCAGCAAACAAUUCGACGAAUAUGCUGUGAUCGCGUCAAAAUUUUAUUUGCCAUCCUAACCGAUGACUCCUUAGCAAUAUACUACACAAACCCUUGUGUGCCGAUUGUGAUAUCAAAACGAACACCCGAAUCAAUAGCCAAACAUGGAACAAAUUGUAUCGUUGAAUGGAAACCCGAUUCAAAUAUGCUGGUGGUGGCUACCACCGAUGGAACUCUUUUAUUGUAUGUUUUAUCAGUGGUUGACACACCAAGGGGCAUAUAUAAUCAGAUCGAUCCUCCGUCCAAAAAUUUAUGCCGUGAUAGCGCUGAAUUAUUCCUUAAAGAGACUAUCCCUUCACUUACACUGACAUUGCAUUGUGAAUACCCUUUACACGUUCCAAUAACAUGCAUCUGCUGUGUAAAUAUAAAUCAAAUCAUGGUAGCAACGAAAAGUGAACGAAUUUUGCGUAUCCGAUGGGAUGGCGUUGAAGAACGAGAUUUUUCAUUAGAUUUAAAACGUAUUCCAUUUAGUAUAAAUCAACAAGUUAGCUACGCUGUUCCGAUUUUGGAGAGCAACACAUAUGUAUCGUCAAUGGAGUAUUCGCCAUUGAUCGGUGGCUUUGCAAUUACGCUAAACGAUGGACGAGCGGCUUAUUUAACGGCGAAUUCAUUGAAAUUUGAUCCGAAUCAAGUUCAAGGUAUUUGGGCUCAAGGUUUGGACGAUGCAACGUGCGCCAGUAUCAAUCAUAAAUAUCGGCUUAUUGCAUUCGGUAGAAAAAAUUCACAAGCGGCUGUGUACAUAAUUGAUGAUGUGACCGGUGGUUUGGAGUUGUCACACACCAUUGAAUUGAGUGCCAAAGAUUUUCCAGGUUCACCUGGUUCGGUGCGCGAAAUGAGAUGGACCCCCGAUGGCUGUGCAGUUAUGUUGUCAUGGAGUAAAGGUGGCAUUUCAUUGUGGAGUACAUUUGGUGCGUUGCUCAUGUGCUCACUCGGCUGGGAUUAUGGUUUAAAUGUUGAUUUGGCACUCAAAAAUCCAUUGGACAUCACAGGCAUGGAUUGGUCAACGGAAGGCUACCAACUGUUUAUGCUAAGACAGCAAAAAACCUAUGACGAAGAUACACCAAAUGCAGACAUAAACAGUUCGAAUGUAUCGGAUGACACAAGUUUUGUCGAUGGAAAAUCGGUGUCGUCAUCUUCAGUACCUAAUAAACCAACACUUAUGCAUACAUAUUCGAAUUUAUCGGAUAAAAGUUUUGUUGCUACCGAACCACCGUACACAUUGAUAACAACACUAGUUCAAUUGAAUUUUGUAAAAAGUAGCUUUACUGUGAAUCCGGUAAUGAGUACGCACGCGCAUUUAUUUUUGCAAGGCGAUGACAGACUGUAUAUAAAUCAAGGUGAAAGUUUACAAAAAGUUUAUCACAAUGGCAAAUCAUUGCCAUUGGAUCCGAAUUUGAUCGAUCCAAAUCAGCAUUCAUCGUCGAGCAAGCAAAGCAAUUUAUUUUCACAUUCGUAUAACAUUUGUAUGGAUAGUUAUAUGAGUGGCGAAUUCAUUUCGGUGCCGAACGAAGACUUAUCGACAACUUUGGAUGACUAUGAGGUCGGAAAAUCAUUACAAGUGACAAGUAUUCUAUCGGAAAGUAAGCACUGGAUUGUGGUUCAAUUACCAGUCGCUUACAUGGCUACGAAUUGGCCGAUUCGUUUCAGUGCAAUAAGCAAUAAUGGCGCUAAUAUAGCUGUGGCUGGUCGUACCGGCGUCGCCAUGUAUUCAAUGAUAACACGAAAAUGGAAAUUGUUUGGCAAUGAGACGCAGGAAAAGGAUUUCAUUGUAACCGGUGGACUGCUUUGGUGGGACGAAUUCAUAAUAAUGGGUUGCUACAGUUUGGUGCAAAAAAGCGACGAAAUUCGCAUCUAUCCAAAAGAUUCAAAAUUGGAUAAUCGUUUUGCGAAAAUAAUACCGAUGGCGGCGCCGGUAAUGCUAAUCAACCUAUUCAAAGAUCAAUUGGUAACAUUCACUGCCGAUGGUUUUGUUACAGUAUUUGCAAUUACGAAAUAUGAUGCACAAAACAUAGAUCUAUUGCGCAUUGAUACAUACGACAUUCGCGGUGUAUGCAUUCAUCCGGCUUGUAUCAUUUCAGUGACAAUGACCAAUCUGAAAAAUGACAGCGCAAGUCGUGCCAAUCAAGGAAAUUUAACGCAAAAUGAAACGUUAGUGCUGAAUGUGUCUGGCCGCAUACUCAUGGUGAAUAAGGAAAAUAACGGAAAUGCAUCGGAAAAUUUGACAUCAACGUGUUUGGCAUCGUGCGUGGAAUGCUUGUGGGUGUCAAAUUCACAGAAAACUCAUCUCAAGGAAUCGUUGUGGCUGUAUUGUGGUGGUUAUGGAAUGAGAGUCUGGUUACCAGUGUUUCCUCGCGAUGCGGACAGUGGCUACGGUAGCCGGCACACUUUUAUGUCAAAACGUAUUAUGCUGUCGUUUGCAUUGAAAGUAUAUCCAUUGGCAAUUCUCUUUGAGGACGCCAUCAUUUUGGGCGUUGAAAAUGAUACGGUUAUGUAUACAAGCGAUUCUAGUUCACAUUUUUCGCUACCAUUUUGCAUUCUUGAACGAACAAGUCAAGUUUAUCUUCAUCAAAUAUUGCGUCAAUUAAUCCGAAGGAAUCUUGGAUAUAAUGCAUGGGAAAUUGCACGCAGUUGUUCAAAUCUACCAUAUUUUCCACAUUCAUUGGAACUUCUUCUGCAUGAAGUUCUUGAAGAAGAAGCAACCAGCAAAGAACCGAUUGCCGAUGCGCUACUUCCCAGUGUGCUUGAAUUUAUACAAGAAUUUCCAGUUUAUUUGCAGACUGUUGUGCAAUGUGCAAGAAAAACGGAAAUAGCUUUAUGGCCCUAUUUAUUUGCAACGGCUGGCAAACCAAAAGAUCUAUUUCAACAAUGUUUAACGCAACAUCAACUAGAAACGGCUGGCAGUUAUUUGAUUAUAUUACAGAAUCUGGAGCCAUCGUCAGUGAGUAGGCAAUUCGCAACGAUUUUAUUGGAAACGUCAUUAGAAGAGGAAAAAUGGGAUUUGGCCAAAGAGCUCGUUCGAUUUUUACGUGCAAUCGAUCCGAAUGACGUUGAAUCACCACGAAACUCAUUUGUAAUGGGAAAUAAAUUGCAUCUGAGUCAACAGCCGGCACCGGUAAGUCCGAAUGCUGAAGACUUAAGUUUGAUUCUUGGUUCAAUGGCACGGGGGAGAAGUUUUUCAACAACAGUCAAUCCAAAAAUGAACGAAAUUGUUAGUCCGCCUUCAAAUCAAACGCAAUCGAGCUCAAAUACGACGGGAAAAGCAGCGUCGGUGGGUAGCAUAGAUGCAUCAUCAGUUGUACGCCGCAAAAAAAGUGCACCACACACAGCAAGAGAAAAAGAUUCAACGACAGCCGAAGAAUUCUUCAUUGAAAUAAUAAUUCAACGGCAUGCUCGACGUCUUUUGCAAGAUAAAAAACUAGAAGCCUUAGGUUACUUGAGUGCCGCUUUGGAUUUUCAUUUGGUCGGUUGGUUGGCACGAGAAAAGGAUCGGGCAGCUCGUAUUGAAGAUUUUGUUGCAACGUUAAAGCAACUUCAUGAGGAUUUCGAUUGGCCUAAACCCAGUUUGGAUAUUAAAUUGAGUCGAAAAUCUUCGGAGAAAGCGCAGCAACAACAAGAAUCACCGAGUUAUUCAUUGCAAUCGUUGCGUGUCGACACACAUAUGGGCACCGGUGAUUCAGGAUACACAAGUUUGCCUACAAAUUUGGAUUUUAUGCAUGCCGAUCCGAGUGCAUUUAUGAACAGUGCUAUGUCAUCAAUGGAUUCAAAUAUUGAUCCGUUAUACAUGUACAAUGCUGAAAUUUCUAAUUUGGCUCUGCAACAAUUAUCUGGCCGUUUCAAUGAACUUGGCCGAAUUAAUGAAGAAGAUGUUGAUGGUCGUUCGAAUCAACCAUCAAAUAGCGGAAAAUUAACAGCACCGAGAUUUGAUGCGUUCAGACGUGAACCAAGCAAUUCCGUGCUCGGCGAAACCGAGGCUAAACUCAUGCCGGUCGAUACAAUGAGCUGUGUGUCGGAGCAAGUAUCGGUUUGGGGUGACGACAAUACGUGUACAUUUAAUGCGGAACUUGAUGGACAUUUUGAUCGGAAUAUGGAAUCAUUGGUAAUGCAAAACAGUCGACAAGUUUGCCAUAAGCUUGAAGUUAAAACUCGUUAUUUACUGCAAAUAUUUACGGAAGCAUGUUGUUUUGAUUUUGCAUUGCUUUUGUCAAUUAUCUUGAUGGAUGCAGCAUCAAUCAGUCGCAUCACAAGUUCGGCCAUUCGAUCUGGCUCUUUGGCUAUUUGCCGUCAACUACGAAAUGGACUUAAAGACAUAACACGAUGGAGUUUCCAAGAGUGUUUGGGAUACCGACCAUUCAUGAUGAUGCUUCAGCCGCAAGUAAAUCUUUUGGAUCGAUUUGUAAUUCAACAAGAAUCGAUACCAAAUUUUAUGCCACCGCUUGGUGCGAGACAACCACAGAUGCAAUUCAAUCGCGGUGCUGAUGGGAUGGCCAAUUUAGUAAAAAAUACUCAAAACAUGUCACUCACGAAAACAUCGAUUGAACCACAGACAACAAUUGAACAUAUGAGCAGUGGAAAUCGUCAGCGAUUGAAUAAAUCCAUGUCCGAACCGCAUAUCGACACCAGCCGAAUAAGGCAGAAGUAUUCACGACAAGCCAGCAUUUUGGAGCAUUCCACGAACAAUGAGACGAUUGAACAAAUUGAACACGAUGAAGAAGCUAAAAAUGGUUGUUCGAUAAUGUAAUUUAAUAAAAAAAAUGUGAAGAUGAACAACAAACAAA